UCCUGCGGUCGCUGAUUAGGGUUUUUGUUCUUCAGAUCGCCUUUCAGUUUCUUCCAUCGAACCACAAACGAUUAAAAUCUUGACGUUGAUAAAGGGAUAUGUCUCGUGUGUACGUUGGAAAUUUGGAUCCUCGGGUUUCCGAGCGAGAGCUUGAAGAUGAAUUUCGCGUAUAUGGCGUUUUACGGAAUGUGUGGGUUGCUAGGAGACCACCUGGUUAUGCAUUUGUUGAAUUUGAUGAUCGUCGGGAUGCUCUAGAUGCGAUUCGGGCACUGGAUGGAAAGAAUGGCUGGCGUGUGGAGCUCUCUCACAAUUCAAAAGGAGGUGGUGGAGGCCGUGGUGGGGGCAGGGGCCGUGGUGGCGGUGGCGGUGAAGAUCUCAAGUGUUAUGAAUGCGGUGAGGCUGGUCAUUUUGCAAGAGAAUGUCGCUUACGAGUUGGGCCACGAGGUUUAGGAAGUGGACGUCGUCGUAGCCCAAGUCCAAGGCGACGCAGGAGUCCAAGUUAUGGGCGUCGGAGUUAUAGUCCACGCUACAGUCCUCGUGGAAGAAGAUCUCCUCGCCGUAGCAUAUCACCACCUCCUCGUCGGGGUCGUAGCUACAGCAGGUCUCCUCCAUAUCGCCGUGCCCGACGUGACUCACCAUAUGCAAAUGGAGUGUAAGCGGUUGGAGCUGGGAUGGAAGCAAAUGGCUGAGCUGGUAAAGGAUACCCCUGGCAUCAUCAAUGUAUUUGUGAUGAGAAACUGUGAACAAAUUGGAGGUAGGGUUUUGUUUUAGUGGAAACUGCACUGUAUGACCUGCUGCUGAAAGAGGUGGGGCGCUAUGGAGUCCAACUUCUUGUGUCGGCUUCGCUCUAUUCAGCUGGCUAAAACUUAGAGGUCCCUUUCGUACUUAAUUUUACUAUUUAUUAUAAUGCUUUUGUGAUGACAUAUAUUUGGAGUAUUUGGUUGCUAAACAUUUUUCAUACUUUUCCCCCUUCUGUUGUGAGGUUUGGUUAUCGCGGCCUUCGCCCUCCGCCCUCCAUUAUCUCUGCAUGUUAGACUCUACACCAUGGUUUAGCGUCAUAUGUUCUUCUCUGCACUGCAUCAUCAUCAUCAUGAUCAUCAUCGUCGCUUCAUGUGGUUGUUAAUGACUACUUUGAACGGCCUUCGAAUCCAAACUGCACUUUAAAAAUGGUAGCUUCCCUCCGCAAAGAAAGCUUCUGAUGCCGUCAUAGUUAGGAUAUCUCACUUGGCUGCUGAAAAAUGAUAGCUUCCUCCGCCCUCUUUUGUGUAUACCGUGGUCACAAAGGUAAGUGUUGCGAUGAAGAAAAAACGUCUGACACUUGUACCUGGCUGUACGAGUAUUGGGAUGGGAAGUAAAUGUAACCACUUGACUACCCAAAAGCGAGCCAGAUAUCUUGCUUCGUUUUCUUACUGAUAUUAUUUAUAAGCUCAGUUGAAAUGGGUCGAUACUUCUCGUUUCUUUUUAAAAAAAUAAUUGGAAAAAUGGCUUUUGAUCAUCA